AUGGCUCGAAUCUACGCCGAUGUGAACGCUCACAUGCCCCGGUCCUACUGGGACUACGACAGUGUCAACAUUUCCUGGGGUGCUUUGGAAAACUACGAGGUCGUCCGCAAGAUCGCCCUACAUCAGACUAAUCGGAAUGAAUGCGAAGGCCGCGGAAAGUACUCUGAAGUCUUUGAAGGAAUCAACAUCGUCAACUAUCAAAAAUGCGUUAUCAAGGUGCUGAAGCCGGUAAAGAAGAAGAAGAUCAAGCGUGAAAUCAAGAUUCUUCAGAAUCUCUCCGGCGGACCGAAUGUUGUCGCGUUAUUAGAUGUUGUCCGGGACAGUCAAAGCAAAACUCCAAGUCUUGUGUUUGAGUAUGUCAACAACACCGACUUCCGGACUCUCUACCCUCGCUUUGUGGACUAUGAUGUGCGCUACUACAUCUUCGAGCUUCUCAAAGCCCUUGACUUUUGUCAUAGCAAGGGUAUUAUGCAUCGGGACGUGAAGCCUCAUAAUGUCAUGAUCGAUCACGAGAAACGCAAGCUACGGCUUAUUGAUUGGGGUCUUGCGGAAUUCUACCACAAAGGCACCGAAUACAACGUUCGUGUCGCGUCAAGAUACUUCAAAGGACCUGAGCUUCUUGUGGACUUCCAGGAGUAUGAUUACUCUCUUGAUAUGUGGUCGCUUGGCGCGAUGUUUGCCUCGAUGAUAUUCCGCAAAGAGCCGUUCUUCCAUGGACAAAGUAACUCUGACCAGCUCGUCAAGAUAGCCAAAGUACUUGGCACAGAGGAACUUUUCGAGUAUCUUGACAAAUAUGAUAUUGAGCUUGACUCUCAGUAUGACGACGUUCUCUCUCGCUAUCCUAAAAAGCCAUGGCAUUCGUUUGUCAAUGCUGAAAACCAGCGGUUUGUCACCAAUGAAGCUAUCGACUUUCUGGACAAACUCCUCAAGUAUGAUCAUGCGGAACGUCUCACUGCCGUGGAGGCGAUGGCCCACCCCUACUUUGAACCUGUCCGUGUAGCACAGGCGGGUCAGAAUAACAAUGCAGCACAAUCCUAA